AUUCCCACCCCCCAGGUAGAUGGCGAUAGAAGACUCAAUAACACGAAUGUGGACACUGAUCCCUUCAGUAAUUCAAUGCUCUUUGUUUGUCGCGAGGCGCCGACUGCGUGAGGCAGCGGCGCAACUCGGGACACCAUUUUGAAUGGCAUAUGGAGAGCAAUUAUCCGGUAAUAACAAACGUGUUUGACACGGACUGGUGCAACCACCUGUGGGGAGAUACAAACCCGGCAUCUGCUCGUGCCAAAGGUGUAACCAUGGAAUCUCGGCAUGUGAAUCUUCAGCAGGGUGGCUCUGAGCCUGCAUAUGUGAGCUUUAAAAACGAGCCAGAGCACAGAGAGCUGCUUAUGCAAGAAGUUCAUAUUCCCUCAGAAACGCCAGUGGUGGGCAACUCCAGUGUUUAUCCCCUACAACCGGGCGGAUUGCAGAACAGCAGCAAAAAUGCAGUUAACCAGCGAGACUUGCAGGGAUUACAUUUUCACACAAAUUCAGACAGCAGGAGGUCCCGUGCCCGGUUCAGCCGGGAGGAGGAGCGGGCGCUGCUGGCGGGGGUGGUGGAGCGCUGGGACGAGCUGUACGGGUACCAGAGCCAGGCCCUGCCCCGCGGGGCCAAGUCGCGCAUCUGGAGCGACAUCGCCGCCCGCCUCUCCGCCUCCUCCAGGGAGGCGCGGGACGGGGAGGACGUGCGCAAGAAGUGGCUCUACAUCAAGCUGACCCUGAGGAACCGGCUGCGGUCGGCCGGCCAGCUGGGCCUGGGCGCGGGCGCGGGCGCGUACCCGCCCGACCUCAGCCCGCUGGAGCAGCGCGUGCUGGCGCUCCUGGGCCACGACAGCGGGGGCAGCGUGGACGCCCCCGACAUCGGCUUCGGUCCAGUUUCAGGAGAGGACUUCCGGCCCCUCGCCCUGCACGGCCCCGAGGACCUGGACACGGUCGGCUCCACCAGCGACACCGAAAUGGACGGCAGCCACGACGAGCCGCCGGAGGAGCCCGCCCCUCCUCCGUUCCUCACCGCCCCCGCCUCCGUCCCCUCGCCCGUCCCGGUCUCCACCACGGCCUCCGCCUCCGGCGGCCCCCGCAGGAGCGCCCGUCCGGAGGACCCGCUGGCCCCCGCCCUGGCGGCCAUCAGGAGCCGGCAGGACCGCUCCAUCUCCCUGUACCAGGAGGCCAUCGGGGUGCUGCGCUCGCUGGCCGCCGACGUGCGCCGGUACGUGGACCACAUGCUUGCGGCGACCGCGCCCGAGGGCGGCUCGCAGGGGGCGUCGGCCUCCACGCGGCCGACCCCGCCCACAGCUGCCUCUGGACCCGCCUCAGCGCCACCGCCGCAGCAGCAGCCGCCCGCCCGUGUACCCCAGGCCCGCUCGCCACCCCCUCCCCAAACGCCAGUGCCUAACCCAGCACCGAACCCAGCGCCUAACCCUGCUCCCUCCCUGCCUCAAACACCAACACCUGCAGAACACCCGCCCGGUCGCCAGCCCCCCUGCGGGACCCCCACCUGUGUGCAUCCACAGUCCGGCGUUCCCCUUCCACAGACUGUCCCGCAGCAUCCCUCCUGCGCUUUCCCUCCGCAGUACCCGCCCCUGUGCCCUUACCACAUCAUGCCUCCCUUCCCCGCAGUUGCCUACCCAGCGUAUUACCCCGGCCCACAGUCCUCCAUGUACCAUCUUCCCCAACAGACACCCCCCACCGCAGCUCCUCACAUUUACCACUAUCCACCUGCGGUUACGAUUGUAGCCCCGCCUCCCUUCUACGCCGCACCCUCUCCCUCAGCACCCCAAACAGUCUUCCACCGCUCGCCCCCGCCCUCGUUCUACCCCUCGCCCCCCAGCGCCCCGGCUGACCCAGCCCGGCCCGCGCCGAACUGCGCCCCGUUCUCGGACUGCGGGGCACCCCCGCACACGCUGGGUACCGCUCCGCCCGCCUCCGCCACGCUGAGGAGGAGGGGCAGGGGCUGGGUCCGCAAGCGCUGGGGCAGGAGAGGGGGCUCGUCCUGCCCCUUGGGCAGGGGUGAUGGGUUCAGCUGAAACGGACAGUGGACAGCCAGUGACUAAUAACUGGAGAACAGGGAAGGCUCUGAAAACCUUGACCAAUCACAAACGACCGAUGUGCAGAUGUAGCAUUUUUUACUGGGCACUUUAAACAAAAAAAACAGCAUACAGCAUAUAAUUCACUGUAUUUCCAUUUUCAGGCUAAUAAAUACAUGGAAAAGG